GUGGGUGUGUUGUGUGGCACUAGCUGGGCAGGAGGAGGGUGUGUGUACACUACUAUGGAAAAAGCAGCAGGGGAGUGCUGGAGAACUAGAGUGCAGGGUGUGUGUACCACUCCGCUUUGAAGAACAGACAUCUGCAGUGUGAUCAGAUACAGAAGCGUGUGUGUCAGGAGAUGACGUGUGCAACCGCCUAGAGGAAUGGAGUGCAAGCCUUUCAGGACAGUGGACUAAGAAUACAGAGCUCUGGAUGUCUAUACAGGGCAGAUCGCAGUAUUGUGUACAGAAGCGUCAUCAGACACGUCAUAUAGAGCUGCCUGUGUAACAAGUGGAUUGUAUGCGGCUGGUGGGACACCUAUAAUACCACUUAGUGGUCUGUGGAAUACUUUAUUAUAUGACACCACCAGCAGGAGGCGCUGCAGAGGAUGGACCCACACCUAUCUUUAACAUUGGAUGACUUCAUCCCCCCUCACCUGCAGAAGAAACAGAACCGGGGGGCUUCACCGACCUACAAUGCACGUACGGACGGCGCCGAUGAGGGCGAUCUCCUAUACAAGGCCACAUUGAUACUGACUGAUGAUAGCCAGGACAGUCCAAGCCCGCAAACAGAGAGGCGAUGGAUCCGCUAUGAGGGCAUUGGACCAACAGAUGAAGAUGGCAUGCCCUUCGCCUCCAGAUCUAGUGUUGACAAGCCUCGAGAAUGGUACAAGAACAUGUACAGGGUUCUGCACCAGAUGUCAGAUUCUGAGGACAGUGAUGGGGAUGAUAAUUUGUCAAAACCAGAUCAUCAUAAAGACGCUUUCAUUCUAUCAACUAAAUCCAAGUUUGUAGCAGAUGAAAAUAACGGUUGGACCAACAUGGUGGAUCGUUCUAAACGAAGAAGUCAAGACCCUUCACAUUUACAUAUAACAGUAAAGUCCAACAUUGGGGAAUCUCCGAGCAAGUCCAGCAGCACCCUUAAAAUAGAAACACCUCCAGAUGUCUCUAAACCACAUGCCACCACACUACCACAUUCUUCCUCUCGUCAGCCGUCACAGACAUCUCCAUACUACUCCUCGAAAGCGUCACAUUUUAUCAAUAAAUCCACUACCACAAACUCUUCACAGAACUACAACACCCAACGGUCUCAGCAAGUGUUGUCCAGUACCAACAGCAACCAUCAAACAUCAGAACCUGGUCCACGACACGUUUUCCCUGAUCAUUCGUCCCACAGUUUACAAAAUAAUAAGGAACCAACCUCACUUCAAAGUCUCAAGCAAAAGUCUAAAUAUUCUUCACCAGCAAGCACCACCUCUGGUACACGCAUCUUAAGUCCCACCUCCAAGGAGCCCAGAAGAUCCACCUCCAAGAUGCUAGAGCAGCUGGAGACUGAUUUGCGUAGUUUCACAGAGGAACUGGACAAAGACCUGGAGGUGCGAAAACAGCGUCCUGAAGCAACACUAGAGAAGUGCGAGGAAGUUAUAUUACGGAGAAAUUCAUACCAAGCAGCAGGUGGCAGCACUGAGCCAGCAGUAAACAAAUCCAGAAGACGGUAUACAGAGGAGCAGCAGGAUCUCUCACCAGUUUCAAAAGCUGUUGUAAAGUUUGACUUUGUGGCAGAGUCGGAAAAAGAGAUUUCCCUGCAGCGUGGGACCACGGUCAACAUCCUCAAGAAAAUAGAUGAGCACUGGCUGCUGGGAGAACAAGAUGGAAGACGAGGCCUUUUCCCGGAGAGCUACGUCAGGGUGCUAUCCCCCGGUCAGCAGGAACCACUGGACACCCCCCAACUCUCGGGAAUUGCUCUUUAUGACUUCAAGGCGGAUUCUGAAGCAGAGCUACCACUACGAAAAGGCCAGCGUGUUCUUAUUAAUCGGAGGGUUGGUGGCAAUUGGUUUGAAGGCCGAGUUGAAGGCUCCAGGCGACUUGGCCUAUUUCCUGCAACUUAUGUGCAGGUCACAGAUGGUCUUGUGCAGGCCAGGAAGGUGGACGCCAUAAUAAAGCGAGCUCCAGAUACUAACUCUGUAGAGCAGGUCUCUAGUGCUCUAACACUAAAAGAAAGACCAUGCACUGUGCAGGCCCCUGCAUCCAACCGGCUUCAGGAGCUGAAAGGAACCCUGUACCGGGUAUUAUUUAAUUACUCCCCGAAAAACACAGAUGAGCUGCAGCUAAAUUCUGGAGACAUAGUGACGGUGACACAGCAUUGUGAUGAUGGAUGGUAUGUAGGGGUCUGCUGGAGGACACAAAAGUUUGGCACCUUCCCUGGAAACUUUGUUGCUCUAUAUGAAACCUCAUAGACUGUAUCUGAAACCAUGAACUGACCAACGAUGGUAACACCAAGCACUCAGCUUGAAAAUAAUGAUGUCUGUAUGGGAACAGUGACCAGACCGAGGAAUCUACUCAUUGACUUAUGUAUAUGCAGUCUCACCAGCGUCAAUGUAUACCUGUCAACAAACCUGAUUUACAUGUUAUCUUACUCUUCCUGAUCUGCUGGUUUCUGUAAUCCAGUUUUACUUCUUACAUCUGAUAUGUAACUAUGAGAGCAUGUAAUCCCUUAAAUGUCUACAUUCCCUCCCGGGACAAGACUCUACACUGCCAAUGCUGGUGCCCAUGAUCUCCACCUACUUCAAGCACAGACCAAACUGGCAAUUAUUUCAAUACCCACAAUUCUAUAUUUUUUCCACUCAUCCUUAUGCCAUCAGAUAGUGAGCGUUGCUAAAGAUGUUAAAGGGUUAGUCUGCUUAAGAAAAGAACAUUUACUCUGUUCUGACUGGGAAUUCUGAGUUAAUAGAGGUUCUCUGUUCAUCUCUUCACCAGAGAAGUGAUGGGUCACAAUGAUCAUCUCUUGUUCUGGAGGACCUGUCCUGUCCUGGAUGGCACAGACAACUCAUUCAUGUAAAUGAACAUUCUGCAAUGCUUAAUUUUGACCCGUGGUGGUGCUGCAAGAAAAAUUGGACACCUACUAAGAACUUUAGUCGCAGAUUGCCCCUGAUCGCUGUUUGGCCCUGGGUCCAUCUGAUUGUCAAUGAUCCUUCUAGCAAGUAGGGAUUGUCCAAACUGGAAGAAGCCCUUUGUUUUCCAGGAGUAGAAUAUUGAUGAUGUAUCCUUAGGAGAGGUCAUCAAUAUGUAAUUGGUGGGGGUCCAACACCGGACAUCACCACCAAUCAGCUGUUUGAAGCAGCCAUGGCGCUUCGGUGACCGCUGUGGCCUCCUCAUAGCUUACCAGCACAUGUUGCAUAGUGGCAGUGCUUGGACUGAGCAGCACAUAGGCCAUGUAACCAAUAAAUGUGAUGUCACUGACCUAGGAAGAGGCUACAGUGCUCACCGGAGCAUUAUGGCCUCUUCACACAGCUGAUUGCCAGGAUUUGAACCCCCACCAAUCAGAUGUUAAUGGCCUAUCAUGAGGAUCAAUAUUUUACUCCCGGAAAACCCGUUUAAGGAAACAGCUGAUCACGCUUACUGUGUCUGUAUCUCUCGUAGACAUUGAUGUCAUAACAAAGCCUCCUUAGUAUAGCAAUAAGAGAUAGAGAAGUAGACCUCCUCUCCAUCUCUAAGAACAAUUUGGUGUUGAGCUAAAGAUCUGAGUAAUCUGAGGCUUGUUGUUAGGGACGUACGACUGGACAACCACGAUAUACAGCCUACAGGUCCCUUUACGCAGACAAUUAGGCAAUUAUCAGGAAUGAACUAAAUAUUCCUGAUAAUUGCCUGAACAUCAGCAGUGAUUAUUUUUGUUGACGGCAGAACAACACCAUCACCCGCUGAGUGAGCGUUUCCUCGUUCAUCUGGUGAUCACGGCACCUUUUACACAGGCCAGUUACCAGGAACAAAUGUUUAUACAAACCUUCGUUCCCCGAUAAUCUCCCUAAUUAUAGGUCCCUGUAAAAGGACCUUAACACUGCAGUUGUUAGACUGGUCGCUCGGGAUACAUAGCCUAUCCCAUAUUACCAUGGUUAACUCAGAGCUUAAUUAGCAUUUUGCUGAUUUAUAAAAACUGUCUAAAAAAAAGUCACUAAAAUGUUGAAGCUUAUAUAAACCAAUCACAAUGUAGAUUUUAUGUUUUGGGAGCAUAAUAGGAAAAGAAAGCCGUGCUGGUAAAGCCUCCCAAACCACACUGCACAAAAACAUAUCCAAUCCCUCUUUCAGCCCCCUCCAAAAAAUAAUAUCCUGGUAAUAUCCUAGAUUGGUAGCUCAGUUCCGAUGUGUAGAUCUGUGUGCACAAAUGAUAAACCAGAUACACACACAUUUUAUUAGGUUUAAGUACUCUGUAUGCAACGCCCGCACUGCACGUGGUUAAAGUGUUAAUGUAUUGUACUUUAUGCAUGUUAUGUCUCAUAGACCAGGGGUCUCAAACUCUGCCCAUACAUAGAAAAUAAUUUCCAGUAGAUGGGAUGCAUUCAUUUUAUUUCAUACACAAUUAUUGUUAAUAGAAUACAGCAUCGCAUACCUCUUACAUCCAGUGACUUCUCCUCUGAUGUAGAAGUUCUCUUUCCUCAUCUUCUCCAUUGGGACCAGACCGCCAUGACAGCUUCUUUCAGCCCUUCAUCUCUGCAGAGUUUGGCACACAGACCUCUUAGGUUCCUCACUUCUCCAUCAUUCUCCUCUCCUGGUGCCCCAUCGUUGUUAUUCUGCUGCUACCCCAAAUUCUGUACCCACUGUGCUUCACAAUGCCCACAUACACCAUACUGCAAAAAUAACAGUGCUGUACAGAUAGCCCUCCCAUAGUAAUAGUGCACCCAGACUGCCCUUAAUAGUAAAAGUGCGCCCUUCUAUAAGGCAACUCUUUAGAGCCCCCAGUAGUAGUAGAGCCGAUCUAUAAGGCAACCCUAUAGAGACCACAGUAGUGAUAAAGUCCCCUAUAGUGUCCCCAGUAGUUAUAAUGCCUCAUAUAGUGGCCCCAGUAUUUAUUAUGCCCCCUGUAAGAGCUCCCUGUAGUGCCCCCAGUAUUUAUAAUGCCCCCUGCAGUGCCCAUUUAGUUAUAAUGCCCCCUGCAAUGCCCCUGUAGUCAUAAUGCCCUCCUGCAGUUAUAACCUCCCUGUAGUGUUUACUGUUUUAUAAUGCCCCCUGUAGUGCUCCAACCUGUAUUAAUGUCCCCAGUAGUGUCCCCUGUAUUAUUAUGUCCCCAUUAUAGUUUUCCAGUCUGUCUUAUUGCCGCAAUUAACGCGUCUGUAUUAUACUGCCGCCCGUAGUGCUGAAAUCUGUAUCAAUACCCCCAAUAGUGCCCCAUGUAUUAUAAUGACCCCCUCCGUAAUGUUCUGGCCUGUAUUAGUGCCCCAUGAAUUAUAUUGCUCCCUCUCCCCCAGUGCUCCAGCCUGUAAGGUCCCCAGUAGUGCCCACUCCUGUUCACCGGUGCAGAAGGCCACAGGAGAUGUGAUGAAGUGGUCAAAAAUGGCAGUAUUCUAAUGCAGGUGUUCGUGACCAUGUAAUCGCGCCACCUCAGAUCCAGUGCAGGAGAUCACAGUGAUGUAAUUGCGACUUCCAGUGCCAUUCUACUGCCUCAUAGGCUCUAAUCCUAGUGACGCGAGGCCUAUGAGGCUGAACGAUGUGGACGAGAGUCAUAGGCACCCGUGGUCCAUCUGCCAACUGCCGCCUUGAACUAAGAUGCUUAUUUUGCCUCAUGGUCGCGGACUUCAGAUGAUUGCCUCAGGGACCACAUGCAGCCAGUGGCCACGUGUUUGAGACCCCUGUCAUAGAUUGUGUAUGAGAGAGUAGUGGGCCCCUGGUUGCUUUAGCUAGGCAGGACUGGCAGCCUCUAUCCUAUUUCAAUCAGUUAUUGUGAGCCAAAACUAUGUGUGGGUCAAAAACACAAAACAGGGGGAAAUCUUUGCAUUAUACCUUAUCUCUGAGUAGGUUUCACUACGUGUUUUAGCUCACAAUAACUGAUGGAAAUAACUGAUCAUAUGUGCCAGCCCUUCAGGGAAGAAGUCAUUAUUUUCUACAGAGAUUGUAACAGUUCUACAAGUGGGAGUGCACAGCAUUCUGCACCAUUGCUACAGACUUCCCUGCAUAUGGUGGGAUCUAAUGAGCUUCAAGUUCCCUAUCAUACCAAAAGAACCGCCCGAUCAUGUGUUUAGAGACUGUGCUAUAUUACCAGUAUAGUAAGAGGAAUAAGUUGCACCCCCUUUCUGAGCUGACAUAGACUGAGCAGAUUAUAAGAAGGAGACUCCUAUACGUAGUCUUGAGAAAGUGCACAUGGUAACUGUAAAGACUUGGCUUGACGUAUUCAGUGCCUGUGUGAACCUACUGAAUCGCUUCAGAAAAGUGCUGCACUACCAGUUGUUUCAUCAUAUCACUGCUCGGCCUUAGGUAACAUAAGGAGAGCAGCCUCCAUGACUACUACAACCUCUUUCUGCACUACUACCCCUGUCCUUUCCCUCUCCCUGCUUAAUUAUUGCAUGUACGUGUAGUUCGUGCCUUAUAAUUUAGUUUCUCUCUGGCCUUAA